AUGGUCCUGGUCACCUCCGGCACCAUAUCGGUCGCAAUAUCAUCGUCAAUCAUCGGGAUUUUUACGGUUCUCCUCUUUCUAUCAGGCUAUGUGCUGCAGCAGCAAUCAGUCCGCAACAUAAAAGCCGCCCUGCCUAGAUACACACCUGCUACCACUCCAACUUUCGUUGCCACAAUCUCGCCAGAGCCUGGAUGGCGGAGAGAAGAUGGCUUUGCCAAUGAUAAAGGCAACAUGUUUGCACCGCAGGGGCUCAAAGAUACAGGUCCUUUUGACAUCCUUCCGAAUUACAAAUUGGACUCCCAACAGGUUCCGAUAGGCAGCAGCAUAGACAUAAAUCUUGCCGAUAGGCAAGCCUAUCUUCAAGUUCUAUCCAAACCAAGCGCGGCGGAUAUCUGUUCCACGCUCCUUUUGGCUAAAAUAUUGGCUUCAAACAGCACUCUUGCCACGGACCGAAUAAUCAUCUAUCCAGAAUCAUGGGACAUGAGUGCCCCGACCGCCAAUAUCGCUGCAGCAUUGCGCAUCCUUCGAACAUCUAGCGAGCGAUAUAAUGUUAUUUUACACGCAAUAGACAUGAGUGACCCAAGGGAUAGACAUCCCUCCAUAACGCGCUUGUUGAAAAGAGCGUCGGCCAAAUUAAAAAUCUAUGAGCGAAUUCUGUAUUUGCGGGCUCCUGGGGUGGCCGUUGACACGGGAAAGCUCGAUCGGUUAAUGAAUAUCCCAGAAAAGGACGAUCUGGCAUCAGAAGCUUCUUCACCAUCGCCAUGGUGGCGGCUGUUAUUCGAUAGACACAUGAAGACUAGGGUGAGGACGUGGAUUCCCACUGAACUAACUGUUAUAAACGCCGACUUGCCGCCAGCUGUCCUCAUUACAUCGAAGUAUCUUCGCCCUGGGAUACUAUCGCGCCGCACCCAUGUACUCGGCUCGUCAAUACGAUCGAAUCAUGUGAAUUCCGUGAUGGGCGUGCUCAAUGGCUACAAGGAUGGAGCGCGCCAAAAAGAGCCGGCAUAUGUUUAUUUUGAAAAGAAUAAGAAUCGAUUACAGGAGCGAAGUAGCUUGUUUUACUUGGAAUGGAGGCAGAAUUUGGAAGGCGUUUGUCAGGGAAUUGACUUGAGCGAUUGA